AUGUCUAUUCUCUCCAAAGCCAUCUUAAGCUCGCUCAUGCUUUCAAGCGCUCUUGCGACUGACUCAACCCAGACCGGGUAUUGUCCUGGCGUACGGGUCGUCGACUCUGGCAUCAGUGGCUGCUGUGUUGGCGGUCACAUUGACACCCCUUACCUGUCCGUCUGUGAUGGCUGGCCGAUCUGCCAGGGACCGACUACGACGACGCAGACGACAACACCUCUUAGCUGCGCUACCUUUGUGAACGAUGGCCCCAGUUACACGGAGGUGAUCGCAAGUAUUAGUGGAAAUCUGCAGGCCAUCACCACAAGCUUCGGCACAACACUUGAUAGUCAGGCAGUACCAACUACCACGGGCACUGGAGAGGCAACGUCGAAGACUUCAGAGGGCGCUGCAGCGUCGGAGACUUCAGAGGGCGCUGCAGCGGAUUCAGUCCCUCGAAUGGCAUUAGCAGGCGGCGGUAUUUUAGCUGCAGCAGCGGCGGCUUUCAUCUAA